AUGGCUUCGUCGUCGUCGAAUGUGGUGGGUGUCCACUACCGAGUUGGCAAGAAGAUUGGUGAAGGUUCUUUCGGUGUCAUCUUUGAAGGGACCAACUUGUUGAAUAACCAGCAAGUUGCCAUCAAAUUUGAGCCGCGUAAGAGUGACGCACCGCAGCUUCGAGAUGAAUACCGUACAUACAAGAUACUUGUUGGCUGCCCCGGCAUUCCUAAUGUUUAUUACUUUGGUCAAGAGGGCCUCCAUAACAUCCUCGUUAUAGAUCUGCUCGGACCGUCCUUGGAGGAUCUAUUUGACCACUGUAACCGGAGGUUCUCAAUCAAGACUGUGGUAAUGGUGGCAAAACAAAUGCUGUCCCGUGUUCAGACGAUUCACGAGAAAAAUCUGAUCUAUCGUGACAUCAAGCCAGACAACUUUUUGAUUGGUCGUCCCACAACAAAGGCCGCCAAUGUCAUCCAUGUUGUUGAUUUCGGCAUGGCCAAGCAAUAUCGAGAUCCUAAAACCAAGCAACACAUUCCUUAUCGUGAGAGAAAAUCGUUAUCCGGUACUGCUCGAUACAUGAGUAUCAAUACUCACCUGGGACGUGAACAGUCUCGUCGAGAUGAUUUGGAGGCGUUGGGCCACGUCUUUAUGUACUUCCUGCGUGGUGGUCUUCCCUGGCAAGGGUUAAAGGCUGCAACAAACAAGCAGAAAUAUGAGAAGAUUGGAGAGAAGAAGCAGACCACCGCAAUCAAGGAUCUUUGCGAGGGCUUCCCUGACGAGUUCAACAAGUAUUUGACGUAUGUCCGAAAUCUUGGCUUUGAGGACACACCCGACUACGAUUACUUGCGAGAGCUUUUCACCCAAGCAUUGAAGAACACGGGCGAAGUAGAGGAUGGAGAAUAUGACUGGAUGAAGAUCAACAAGGAGUCGGCCAAGGGUUGGGAUGCCAUGCCCAAGCAUGGUGGUUACCACAACCCAAAUGCUCGACCCGGCCCUUCACAGAUGGAAUUACACAACCAGUCCCGGACCGGCGCGAACACACCUCACCUCACACGCGACCGUUUAAACGCCGCGCAGCCCCCACCUCCGUCACCAGCCAAGGGGACGGACCCGCGCCGGCCAAACGCCCCCGCCGCUGGCUUGAAAGCACAGCGCGGGAGCGCGGUGGGGGGUCUUCGGGACAUGGCCACACCGACUGGGUCAACCCAGGCCCAAUUCCAGAACAGCAGCCAGAAUCUGCCACCCAGGAUCGCUCAGCAGACGAACAUGAGUCCUGAACUGGGCAUGGCUAACGAGGGACUUAAUGAACCUCCGCCAACCGGGUUCCAGAAAUUUAUGAAGGUUCUUUGCUGCGGUAUGUUGCAGACCUCGAGGCUAUGGAAUAAAGCAUGA